UAUUCUUGGCCACACUGCAAACUGACUUUGUUUUUGUUUUAACAUGGCAAAGUUCUUGGGCAUCAACCGGCUGAGCAAGCUGUUCCAGAUGGUCCGCGAAGCCGGGGGACUGAAGCAAGCGUACCUGAAGCUAUAUAGGAACGAUGAUCUGAAGAUCGGAACUCUGGUGGGCAUCGACAAGUACGGCAACAAGUACUUCGAGAACCCGUACUACUUCUAUGGCCGCAACCGCUGGAUCGAGUUCGCUCCCCACGUCAACAUGGACUACGAUGGCUCCAUGAUUCCCGCCGAGUGGUACGGCUGGAUGCACUACAAGACCGAUCUGCCUCCCAUUCGCGAUGGAUGCCGCCCCAAGCACAAGUGGAUCGCGGACCACAGCGAGAAUCUUUCGGGCACCAAGGAGGCAUACUACCCCUACACCACAACACCCAACAAAGUGGAGGCCUGGGAUCCCAAGGCGAAGAAACAGUAGUGUGGCAUAGCUUAUAAUUAUUUUUAAAUUCAAGUGCAAAUGGCUGCGAUUGAAGAGAACACCGGAUCGAGUUAAUAAAUCCAAUUUCGUUGA